AUGGGUCUGAGAGUUCAUUCAGGCUUCUGCGACUACGCUGCUGAGUGGUCAGUCAACGAAGACACGGAUGAGAUCACGCUGGCGUUCCGCGGUAGGAGCAACGGGUGGGUGGCCGUCGGAUUCUCCGGUGACCAGGCAAUGGCAGGUGAUGAUGUCCUCAUGUGCAUAGCCGACCCUCCGGGCGCGGGCGCCAAUUCCACCGGUGCACGGUUCGAACACCGCUACAACUACGGCUACUCCAACCUGCCAGCAGAAGCGGAAGGCAUCACCGUGAACAGUGCAUCGUUCACAGACGGCAUACUCCAGUGCUCCGUGACACGUGACCUCACUGUGUUCAACAGCAGCCACAUGACCUUUGACCUGUCAUCUGAUUGGUUCAUGCUCUUCGCUCAGGGGCCAAUCUCGUCAUCGGGACAGCCAGUUCGACACUCCGUGUACCCCGCUAUCACCGACAUGAAAGCUAGUCUGUCCUCCCUGGAUGAAGUCUUUGUCCUGGGCGAAUCUCGCCGCCCGUCACCCGGUCAGGGUGACGGGGGAGGAAGUGAAGAUGAGACGGGGAGCGACAACGGUAGUUCCGCUAUUCAACUCACAGGUCAUUGGAUGGCUUUGUUUGUUUGUCUACACGUCCUCUUGAUCGGCUGGUAAAAUAAAUUAUUUACCUAUACAACUUUUUUUUGCGAGACUCUAGCGUCGGCGGGGAAACACGUACCGCCAUUAUAUUUAUAUCAUUUUAAAGCUUGGAAUCUGAACUAUAUCCCUGGCGAGUAUUGGUUCGAUAUUUUAAUGAGUUUUUAAUUUAUUCGUGUUCAAAUAAAGGCAUGACGAAAACAAACUCAACUGAUUCCAAGAGAAAUCCAUGAUGCGGUACAUUUGAUGCAAACUCGAGUCACACUUUGAGCGCGCUUUUUGAAUAGGUACAUACUUGCACGUGAAUUUCAAAAUUGAACUUGAAACAAAAAGUAUUGUGAAUUGAUUUGAAGUGUAUAGUCUCCGUGGAUCGAAAAGAAUAGGAAACACAGAAAGUAAAAGGCAACGAGAUCGUCACAUCAUGAACUUGAUGAACAAUUUCAACACUAGAAAACAUGCGCAUGAAUGAUUUUCCUUGAAAUCAGUCGAGUUUGUUUUUGACAUGCCUUUAUUUGAACACGAAUAACUUCAAAACCCUUUUGAAAAUCAAACAGUACCCGUCAAUGGAGAAACCAUUGUGUACGCCCAUUGGACAAAGAAAGUGCCCCGUGACGGAUUAUUUGAACGAUAGCUAGCACAAUGCUUUCGCCAUUGAAGGGGGCCUUCGUGAUAGAAUUGAUAUCGUGCCAGGAUUGGUCCAUAUACGAGCUUGCAAAUGGAGUUGUUGCCACCAUCGGGUGCUAGUUAUAAAGGCAUCGGAAUUCUUAAGACCCCAGUUCCAAAAUAAUAUUUUAUUAAUACAUGUAUUUGAAUAAUUUACUGCGUUCUUGCAGAAUACCAGAGUAAUGUGGUCUCAAAUUGCUAUGACUAUAGAAUAAAAACGCGAGCAAAAUGUUUCAUUUUCAAGUCGGAUAUUUCAUUAGGUUUUAUUUGUUUAUUCUGAUUAAACAAGGUAAAACUGAAAAUAGGUUUUGAAAACAAGAUGAAAUAAUUAGCAGAUAUAGGGGGACCUUUAAUGAGUGGAAACAUACAGCUAGUCAGUCUUAUGGUAUAGUGAUAGUAAGUACAUUUGUAUAUUGCGCUCUAGAUGCAAUAUUUUCGGUAAUAUUUUCUGUUGAAAUCAAACUACUAAAAAUAAGCGAUUACUAGUUCUUCCCUUCACCAAAACUUAAAAUGAUCUUUAUUGGCUCAUUCAUAUUUUUUUCAACAAGAAACAAAACUAAUCUUAUCAAUUGCAACCAGAACUCCCCUUAAUGUUGGAUCACAGUUUUGGGCUGCAGUAAUUUUAGUAAUAAAAAAAUAUUCAAUAUCAAAACUG